AUUGGUUUUUACAUCAAUCUUUUUUUAUUCCUAGUAACCUAUUUAGUUGGCCCGUCAAAAAAAUGGGAUGACAGUUUCCGUACGUUGACAGAUUUAAUCCAGCAAUUUUACAAUAAUUAUUUUUUAUUUUAAAAGAUUCGUUUAAAUAUAAACACCGAAAAUGGAUAGAGCUAAUAUGUUAUCGGCCACCAAGGUCAAGCAGCACGGGAUGAUCUCCGAAAAAUGGACAACCAAAGACAAAAUCGUCCAAUACAAGGGACUAAUCAAUUUGUAUACGCGAGACAAGAAAAUCAUGGAGAUGGACGUCGCCAUGGCCAAGAAGAAGCAAACGCAAGAAAUGAAGAUGCUGCAAACAGAAAUCGAUCUCAAUAGAAAGAAAUUAGAUAACGCUUGUGGAGGCGAUAAACAAAAAUUACGAAACGCUUUAGCAAAUCACAGGAUUCUACAGAUGGCGUUUUGCAGAUCAACGCCAACAAAAGUAAUCGACUUAAUCCACCAAGUUAGUUUUACGAAAAGGAAAAAACGUGAUAUACUAAAUUACAAAAUGAAAGUCGAAUCUGACAAACUUAUCGACCUAAAGUUGGAAUGUUCCGUAUACGAGGACAGAUUAAAAUACGAAGGCGACAAAAUCAUGUUGCCGAGCGAAAAAGAAGCCCAUCUCAUCACCGGUAAAGUACAAGAUGCUAUUUUGAAAAAAGAAGCCGCUAUUUACAUCAGGAAUUCAUAUAACGAAAUGAUCGCAAUCAUGAAAAAAGAUGCUAUAUAUUUUGAUGCGAUUUUGGCUUCGCUAAGGAACGAUGGUGUAGCCCAAGGUAGAUGUAUGAUAAAUGCAACCGUUUUAGGCCAGUUGGGCAUUGAAUAUCUAGACGACAGAAGGCAGGAGUAUCAAUACUUGGAAAAAAUCGUUAAAGCCGACUUGGCCAGCAGAAAAAAAGACAUUGCUGUCGUUCAACAGAACGUCGAAGCUUUCACGGACAACCUAAAGAAUUUGAUAAGAACGGACAGUGAUAUUAAUUUGGGUAAAAUAACCAUGGAAAAAACGCUCAGUUUUCAUAUGCUGCAAAAGGAAAUUGAAACUAUUGAAAGCACAUUGCAAUUUUUGAAAGAAUCUUUCUUCACGGCAAGUUUCGAUCAGAUAUUCCCUUGUCUUAAAGAACAAAUGCGGCAGAAAGAAAGGCUGGCGCAAUUUAUUCAAAAAUGUGAGACGAAUAGAAAUGAUUUGCUAGAAAAAGCAGAAAAGGCAGCAGUUACGUGUUCAAAUUUAAAAAAUACAAUGGUUGAAACUACAAAAGUAUACAAUUCGGAAAAAGUUAGUCUCAGGGCCGACAUUAAAUUCGAAAUCGAAAGGGCAAGCGAAUUCGAUGUCACUAUCAAAGCCAGAUAUAGUUUAUUGGCGAAGGUUAGAAUAGCCUUGAGGCACAUGCAAUACUUAGCCUGGCUUCUGGCAGGUACUGAUAGUGCACAAAAAUUGGCGAGGCUUCCAACAAUACAAACUAGCGGCGUUUUCUUACCGGAGAAGGAUGAAGCAGAUGGAACGUUAAUGGUGGAAGAACUGAAAACCAAAUUCAAGAAAUUAGCCGCCAGCGCUCAAGUAGCUCGCGAAGUGAUGGCCGCCACCAAAGUGGAACUUAGUUACAGAUUCUUCGAGCUGUUGAUGCGCGAAAGAAGCAAACCAGUCGAAAUCCCCAAAGUUAGCAGCGAAGAAUCGUUCAUGCAAUCCGAAUCGUCCGAUUCCCAGGUGCUUUCCCGCGAGGAUAUCAAGAAGAGGAGCGCCGAAAUUGUCAUCGAAGGCCUUGCGGCUCUGGAGUACAAACCCCCGCCGCCGCCAACCAAAAAGAAAUACAAAUUUAAGAAGUAGAAAUAAUUUACGCGUACGUUAAAUUGGUGCAGUCAAAAUUUUCGCUUGUUUCAUAGUUUUAAUUCUGAUGAUAACUAGAAGGCUGU